UUUAGGCUAGUGCAAUAUUUUGUCAUUGCAACAUUUUAGUGCAACUUUCACUUACAACUGCAAUUGGAUUUAUAUGUACACCUAAAUGCACUGUUAUCCCACCAGUCACUAUAUUGUGACCAUCAACAUGUUUACUCACUCUAUGACCACACUCAACAAAACUGAAUAUAUGUGAAUAAAUAUAUUAAUAGCCUACUAGACACCUUAAAGAUAAUGUGGACCAAAAAUCUUUGUCAUAUCUUUAUGUUAACAUACUUUACUAGCCUUUUUGUUUUGGAGUCAUGUGGCAAUUGGCAUUAUUUUUUCCAUAUUUGCAGGGAAUGCACUAAAACAUCAGUCAGUAAGGUUUUAGAGCUUUAUAAAUGAAAACCUUGUUUACAGUCACUAUUGUGACCGGUGGGGGGGUUAAAAACCAAAUUCACAGAAAAGAAAUGUCGUUAAAUGACCACUGCAUGGCAGUAUAGUGUCAUGAAAGAUGUUCUGAUCUCCUUGAUGCUCCAAAGGGGAUCAAUUACAGUUUAUCCUGAAGACGAAACCAUAUUCACCAUUUGAUCAAAAGAAAUUCUCUAGAUCAAACACUCCUACUUGCAACCAUUUAAUCAUGAUAGAUCAUUUAACCACCAAAGACAAGAGAAGCAUAGACUACAUCUUGUUGAAAUACUCUUCAUUUGGUGCCUGAUAUGGCAACAGGCGCUUACCUGCAGACCAACGUGAGACUUAAUUGGAUCUGUUCCACAAGACCACUGUUCAUAUAAUACUCUUAUGCUAUGAGCGAGGACUGUCAACCACUGGACCAAAUGAGUUUGUGCAGUGUCCUUCUGAGCUGCUCCACAUAAUCCAAUCACAUGCCCUGAGAGGCGGGCUUAAAGAAGGCUAAUAUUGUCUUUGUCUCAGGUGAGGUCAUGCAGCACAACAUGGAGACAGGUAAAGGUGAGACACUGAGGCCUGGGAGGACCAGAUGACUGACUUCUGCCAAGCAAAGCUCCGCUGGCAGUGAGGAGGGACUCCUGCCCAAUGCCCCAGUCUAACCCACAGACUUUCAACUCAACAAAAAGACCUGAGCCACUAUUACACAUCCUCUUUUUUUUUGUGGGACUCUCUUCUGAACAAUGCACAUAAGGAUAUAUUUUGCUCUGCCACUUCUUGGAUAAUAGAAUUUGUUUAUCAGCUGUUUCAUGAAAUGAUUAUAAUUAUGUCAGAGUCCUUUGGAUCAAUUCACUCUGUGAAGACCAGUCACAAUAUGGCUUGUAAUCUAAAGUGAACAAUGCUGGAUUCAUAGCAGCUUCUUCCUGCACCACUGCAGUGGAGUUUCCUUUUGUGGAUCUAAUCCUGUGGACUGUAAUCCUCGUGACUGGUAUUGACCAACUGGACCUCUAGUUUUUCCCGUCCACCCUCUUUCCCUUUAGUAGCUCAGGCCCUGGAUGAGGGUUAGAGGGGAGGUCGGCACUUUGCCAUGGCUCAUUCGUCUGAUACGGCACGCAAAGACAUGACGAAUGGGGCUCAUCCCAGUGCCCAGCCAGGGCCCUCUGGCACUUCUACUCUACCACGCUACCUGCACAAGAAGCAGCAGCGCCAGAGAGGAGUGAGAUCUUCCUCUCCUAUGGGCAGGGUCAUCCUCAUCAAUGCACCUGUCGAUGGUGGAGAUGACUGUGAAGACAUCCACACAAUUACUGUGGACAAAAGUGAGGAUGGCAGGCUGGGCUUCAGUGUGCGGGGAGGCUCUGAACACGGCUUGGGAAUCUUUGUCAGCAAAGUGGAGGAUGAGAGCUCUGCAGAGUUGGCAGGCCUGUGUGUCGGGGAUAAGCUGGUCGAGGUGAAUGGCAUAAGUCUGGAGAGCAUCACCAUGAGCAGUGCCGUAAAAGUCCUGACAGGAAAUAAUCGUCUGCGCAUGGUGGUAAGACGUGUGGGGAAGGUGCCAGGUAUCCGCUAUUCGAAAGAGAAGACUACAUGGGUAGAUCUGAUCCACCGAAGGAUGGUAGUGGAAGAAAGUGGUCGCACACCUUCAGAGGCCAGUUCAGAUGGAGCCCUGCGCAGAAUAGUGCACCUUUACACAACCUCAGAUGACUACUGCCUGGGCUUCAACAUCCGCGGUGGCAAAGAGUUUAGCCUUGGCAUCUAUGUCUCAAAGCUGGACCCUGGUGGCUUGGCAGAGCAGAAUGGAAUUAAAAUGGGGGAUCAGAUUCUGGCAGCCAAUGGAGUGAGUUUUGAGGACAUCACACACAGCAAUGCAGUAGAAGUGCUAAAGAGUCACACUCACGUGAUGCUGACCAUUAAGGAGGCUGGGCGAUAUCCUGCUUACAAGGAAAUGGUGGCGGAGUACAGCUGGCUUAAUAAAUUGGCUAAUGGAGGCCAGCCCUCUUCCUCCCAGGGUUCAGACUCCUACUCAUCCACUUCCUCUCUCUCCUCCGGGACGCCGGUCAGCUCUCUCAGCGGCCUCUCGCAGGUCAUGUUCCCUCCUGUAUUUGGCUCAGAGAUGGUGGAUGUCUGUAUCUCCACCGAGGACCGCUCACGCCGGCCCAGCUCUGAACGGAUAGAGACUGCCAUGCAGACAGACCCACCGGAGCCAGACGCCACAUCAAGAUCUAGUAGGGUCUUAACCACAGAAACCAGCCGAACGGUUGGCGAAACUGUCCUGCUAAAAGACACAGUAAUACGCAGUGGGACUGCCAAAACUCAGACAAGGACCUUCUCUGCUGGGGAUAAAGAGACUUUGGACUCUCCUAAAACAGCAGUCCUGAUGGCUCUCAGCAAGCCUCGCAAACCCAUCCGCCGAUCCCAGAGUCACAUCACUGUGUCAGAGGACAAGCAGAAGAAAAGGAAGCAUCAAAAGGACAAGGUAGAGACGGAGAGAAGCACCCUGCAGCGCUCCAAAACCUUUGUCAGUUUGCUCUUUAAAAGCGGACGCAGAAGGGAAAGGUCGUCCUCUAGAGACAGGAAGGACAAAGGGACAGGGGAUGGACACAGAGGAAGAUCCAAAUCCCCAAAACAUUUAGAUAACGAACCGGGUAAAGAGCGGGGUCGACCCAUAAUUAACCUGUUGAGUUCUCCCAGAGAGACUCGAGCUGGUAUGAGGGAGAACAGCCCCAUCCCUAGCCCGGAGACCAUGGCCAUGUUGGAGGAUAUGGCCCGCAAGCUGCUCAACGAGGAUGAGGUGGCGGCUGUCAUGAGACACUGUAAAAGGUUUCUAGUUGAGCGUGUGGUUGAGGAUCUGGUACGCCCCCUGCUGGCCAUCUUGGAUAAGCCUGAGAAGCUUCUGCUGUUGAGGGAGGUUAGAAUGAUCAUCCCUCCCACAGAUCUGGGCCGUUUUGACAGUAUGGUUUUGCCCUUUGAGCUUGAAGCCUAUGACAUACUUAAAAACCGCUCUGUAAGGUCUCCUGUCCUGCGUUCUCCUCGUCAUGGUGGAACACCCCGUCGACAUCUAAUAACUCCCAUCCCAGAUUACCGUGGUGGAUUCCACCUUCAGCCGGUACAGGAUCUGGAGAAAGAACGGCAGCUCAUUGAAGAUCUGGAACGGCUGCGUUUGGCAGGUUUACCGACUGGACGACUUCCUCCUCCUCGAGCUUUCACACCACUCUUGGAUGUACCAGUGGACACUUACAUCACAGACUCACUCCGUAAUCGCUCACUGAGUCCUGCUCGGCCCAGCUGGACACACUCAGAGUCUCCUCAUGGCACGGAACGCAUCGGACGCUCCCCCCAGAGAAGAGACAAUGGCUUCCCCAGGACAUUACACCACAACUCUUUAUCCAGCAGAGGUGAUUCUGUCUCAGAGCGAGGGAGAUCCCCUUAUAGGAAUGGGCAUAGAAUGAAAACAGACAAAUCCCAGAAUGGUAAAGAUGUAAAGCAUACCGUAAUGAGUGCACAUCGCCGGAGUAGGACACCACUGACCCAGGUUUUUGCGCCCGGCUCAGAUCAGGACUGGAAAGUACCAGUGAAUGGACACUCAUACAGCCAAGAAACCCCACCAGCGCAGGAGUAUGAACUAACCACAGUUACUAUCUCUAAAACUAAACAGUCCCUUGGAAUAAGCAUCUCAGGUGGGAUUGAGUCAAAGGUGCAGCCAAUGGUGAAGAUAGAGAAGAUCUUUCCAGGAGGAGCAGCAUCUACUAGUAAUGUUCUGAAGGCUGGAUUCGAGCUGGUGUCGGUAGACGGAGAGUCCCUCCAAGGUGUUACACAUCAGCAUGCGGUGGAUGCCAUUCGAAGGGCUUUCAGCAACAAGGCCAAAGACCCCAUGGAGUUUAUCGUCAAAGUUCCCAAGAACCCAAGAGACUGACUGAAAGCAGCCCGAAACUCAAUGAGUUUGCAGUAAAGGCCUCGAUAUACUUAUGGCAAAGUUCUCUUUCAUUCUUCACUUGAGUAAAAAGAAGUUUGAUAUACAUGAGCAGUGGUAAACUGUUUGUGAACAUCAUGCUGAGAACAGAGAUUAGAUGUAAAUAUGUGCAGCGUACAUUUCUCUCAAUAACAAAAUAAACAGUACAAAAAUGACAGCGGUAAGAAAACAGCAGUUAAAGGAACAGUUCACCCAAAAGUGAAAAUUUGCUCAAGAUUUACCCAUUUAGCUUCAGCCAUCUAAGAUGCAGAUGAGUUUGUUUCUUAAUUGAAACAGAUUUGGAGAAAUGUAGCAUUACACCACUUGCUCAUCAUUGGAUCCUCUGCAGUGAAUGGGUGCCGUCAGAAUGAGAGUCCAAAAAACUGAUAAAAACAUCACAAUAAUCCUCAAGUAACCUACACGACUUGGAUAGUCUGAAGGUUAGUAAAUUAUCAGCAAAUUUUCUGCAUGGUAUUUUCUGUACCAUUUCUUUAAGAAAGCAUCUGAUCAUAGCGAAGUGGGUAUGUUUUCACAAGCUCUGCAAUUUGGCACUCUAGUCAUGUCAUACAUAGUUAUAUAGCUUUAUACAAUAGAUAAAGCAAGCAGAUUUAUAGUACUAAACAUGAAAUAAACAGUAUCAGUGUCACUUUCAAUUAGAAUUGCAACUUCAGCUCUCCAGUGUGUUCAUGUUUUUACUCAUGUCUGAUUUCGACAGCCUGAACAGAAGAAGAUUUCACCAUCAAAGAAGGCAGAGCCCCAGAGCACACUUACAUAAUCGCCUUGGACCAAUGGUAGUUUGAAGGUGUUUACAGCUGAAGCAAACUUUUCUGUCAAGCUACUUUGAAGUCCCGAAAUAAACUCUAACUAACUUUUGGCCUGAUUUAGUUUAAAAUGACAUUUCACCAGUUCUUGAAUUCUGUUUGAAGUAUAUCGGGGCCCUAGUGCUGCAGGGUAUAAAUGGUGGUCACAUGCUUGGUUUGAAAGAGAAAUCAUGCCAUCGUGUCCGGUGGGGGUCAAGGCAAACCCCUAAGCAAGAAUUCAAAAAUGGGCUUCCAGAGAGUGCUAUUGGCCAUUCACAGAUGCUGACCUUUUCCCUUCCUGUUGAAAGUUAUUUGUUUUUGAAUCUAUUCAUUUUCUAUUUUCAAUCCAUUCUAUAAAAUCGAAUAAAACAGUCAUAACUCAUCAUUUCCACCAUUAAAGGAUCUGAAACCCUGUAUAAACUUGAUAUAUUAAGGAUUUCUAUUUUUGGUUGUGGUUUAAGCCUGGAGCUAGAUAAGAGCGCACUGGAAUGACAUGCUGAUAAUCAUAAAUCACAACACUACCCAUCCAUCCGGGUUACAGUCAUGCCUGAGCGAGAUUACACACAGCCACAGUAUGGAUUGAGAUUAGGUCUUUUUUUCUUUUAAAUUGCUGGUUUGGUUUAGUGAAUGUCUGGGGGAUUAUUACAAAUGAGGAUCCCUGUCUCAGUUCACAUCCUGUGCUCUAAGAGAAUUUAUAUUUUUGGCAACUUAUGCUUAUACUUAGCAUUUUUUAUAUUUGUGCCUUAAAGCUGCACAUAUGGACUGUGCAAUUAAGAUCUAAACGUUUUGAUGAUUGUGGCAUCAGUGUUAUAUACUGAAUGUUUUUCUCUGUACGCAUCUGGUCUCCAU